AUGGCAUUUGUGACCGAGGACGAGACCGCUUGUCUCGUCCUGAUCUUCUUACAUUGGUCGCUCCAGGAUGUCGUGGGCUAUCAGACCGCUUGUCUCGUCCUGAUCUUCUUACAUUGGUCGCUCCAGGAUGUCGUGGGCUAUCAGAUCGCUUGUCUCGUCCUGAUCUUCUUACAUUGGUCGCUCCGGGAUGUCGUGGGCUAUCAGACCGCUUGUCUCGUCCUGAUCUUCUUACAUUGGUCGCUCCGGGAUGUCGUGGGCUAUCAGACCGCUUGUCUCGUCCUGAUCUUCUUACAUUGGUCGCUCCGGGAUGUCAUGGGCUAUCAGACCGCUUGUCUCGUCCUGAUCUUCUUACAUUGGUCGCUCCAGGAUGUCGUGGGCUAUCAGAUCGCUUGUCUCGUCCUGAUCUUCUUACAUUGGUCGCUCCGGGAUGUCGUGGGCUAUCAGACCGCUUGUCUCGUCCUGAUCUUCUUACAUUGGUCGCUCCGGGAUGUCGUGGGCUAUCAGACCGCUUGUCUCGUCCUGAUCUUCUUACAUUGGUCGCUCCGGGAUGUCGUGGGCUAUCAGACCGCUUGUCUCGUCCUGAUCUUCUUACAUGGGUCGCUCCGGGAUGUCGUGGGCUAUCAGAUCGCUUGUCUUGUCCUGAUCUUCUUACAUUGGUCGCUCCAGGAUGUCGUGGGCUAUCAGACCGCUAAUUGUCUCGUCCUGAUCUUCUUACAUUGGUCGCUCCGGGAUGUCGUGGGCUAUCAGACCGCUAAUUGUCUCGUCCUGAUCUUCUUACAUUGGUCGCUCCGGGAUGUCAUGGGCUAUCAGACCGCUUGUCUCGUCCUGAUCUUCUUACAUUGGUCGCUCCAGGAUGUCGUGGGCUAUCAGAUCGCUUGUCUCGUCCUGAUCUUCUUACAUUGGUCGCUCCAGGUUGUCGUGGGCUAUCAGACCGCUUGUCUCGUCCUGAUCUUCUUACAUUGGUCGCUCCAGGUUGUCGUGGGCUAUCAGACCGCUAAUUGUCUCGUCCUGAUCUUCUUACAUUGGUCGCUCCGGGAUGUCGUGGGCUAUCAGAUCGCUUGUCUCGUCCUGAUCUUCUUACAUUGGUCGCUCCAGGAUGUCGUGGGCUAUCAGACCGCUAAUUGUCUCGUCCUGAUCUUCUUACAUUGGUCGCUCCAGGAUGUCGUGGGCUAUCAGACCGCUUGUCUCGUCCUGAUCUUCUUACAUUGGUCGCUCCAGGAUGUCGUGAGCUAUCAGACCGCUAAUUGUCCGUCCUGA